CACAUUUUUCUUAUUACCGAACCACAAAAAAAAACAGAGUAUCCUCUCUUAGAAAUUUUGAAUUUUAUUCGUGUAUUUAUAUAUGUUCACCGGCGAUGCCAACGGCGGUGAACGUGGCGAAGCAAUGCUUAACGACGGAAUCAUCCUACGCGCUAGAAGAAGCAGUCAAAGUGGCGCGUCGACGAGGACACUCCCAAACGACGUCGCUUCACGCCGUCUCCGCUUUACUCUCGCUCCCAACCUCCGUCUUACGCGACGCGUGCGCACGUGUCCGAAACUCAGCUUACUCUCCUCGUCUCCAGUUCAAAGCUCUUGAUCUCUGCCUCAGCGUUUCACUAGACCGGAUCCAAUCGGGUCAACAACAACAGCCCGGAUCCGAUGAUCCGCCCGUCUCGAACUCGCUCAUGGCUGCUAUCAAACGCUCUCAGGCUCACCAGCGCCGUCUCCCGGAGAACUUCACGAUGUACCAAGAGAUGAUGUCGUCUCAGAACCAGAGCUCGAACUCGCUCUCUUGCGUGAGAGUGGAGCUUCGUCAGCUGAUUCUCUCGAUCCUGGAUGAUCCGGUUGUGAGUCGGGUGUUCGGUGAAGCGGGUUUUCGGAGCUCCGAGUUGAAGCUCUCGAUUAUCCGGCCCUUCCCUCACCUCCUCCGUUACUCAUCAAGACAACAACAGCCUAUGUUCCUCUGUAACGUAACCGGAAAUUAUACCGAAUCGGAAUUGAAUCCGGUUCGAUGGGGUUUCAGCGUACCGAACCGGAAUCUCGCAGAAGAUUCUGAUCACCGGAGGAUCAGCGCGGUUUUCACGAGGGACAAAGGGAGGAAUCCUCUGCUUGUGGGUGAAUCUUCUCAAGCUGUACUAACCGGUUUUUUAAAUUCGCUGGAGAACCGAACCGAAGGUUUAACAUCGGUUAACCUCAGUACAGAAAUUUCGGACCAAGUCAACGUCAAGUUCGAUAAAACCUACACGGACGCGAGGUUUCGCGAUCUGGAAAAGGUGGCUGAGAAAGGUUCAGGUCCUGGUUUAGUCUUGAGCUACGGAGACUUGAGGGUUUUCACCGACGGCGAGGGAAACGGAUCGGCGGCGAGUUACAUCGUGAGUCGUGUUGCGGAGCUGUUACGGAGAUCAGGGAGGAGAGUGUGGUUGAUCGGAGCGGCGGCGAGCAACGACGUUUACGAGAAGAUGGUGAAGAAGUUUCCGAACGUGGAGAAAGAUUGGGAUCUGCAGUUACUCACCAUCACUACAACUACUCUUAGGUCUUGUCUGCCUCAUCACAAGUCCAGUUUGAUGGGAUCGUUUGUUCCAUUUGGUGGAUUCUUCUCAACUCCUUCUGACCUAAAACUACCCUUCUCCGGUUUCAACAAAGAAACCACCGAACCGGUUUCUUCGAUAUCCGAUCAGACCCAAUCCACCUUGCCACCUUGGUUGCAGAUGACCACAAGAACCGAGUUAAACCAAAAAUCUAGUUCCAAGAUUCCCUCAGUGCAGACCACAGAAGGGUUGGAAUCAGUUUGUGGAACUAAGUCGACGAGCAGUGCUUCUGCAUCGACCAGUUCAGCUAAAUCGGUCACGACUGAUCUAAAUGCGAAGAUGUGUCCGGUCACCACAGGAUUUGGUCUCAAUAAUCAUUUGGAUGACAAAGAUUUCGCUCAUCAACGAUCUUCAUCAAGGGAUCUCAACGUAGAGAGCUUCAAGAUUAUAUACCGAAGAUUAACAGAUAGGGUUUCAGGGCAAGAUGAAGCUGCUAGAGUUAUCAGCUGCGCAUUGUCACAACCGCCUAGGAUCAGCACCAGAAGAGACGUUUGGCUCCAUUUGGUUGGGCAUGAUACCGUAGGCAAGAGGAGAAUGUCGCUUGUGCUUUCUGAGAUUAUGUAUCAAAGUGAGCACAGAUUCAUGCCCGUUGAUCUCGGUGUUACGUGUGAUGAUGUGAUGCGGCAGAGAGGAAAGACAAUGGUGGAUCAUAUCUUUGAGGUGUUGUGUAGGAACCCUUUCUGUGUAGUGUUCCUUGAGAACAUUGACAAAGCCGAUGAGAAGCUGCAGAUGAGCUUGUUAAAGGCUAUUGAAACUGGAAAGUUUAUGGAUUCGCAUGGGAGAGAAGUCGGAAUCGGAAACACCACGUUUGUUAUGACGUCAUCUUCAGUAGAAAAUUCUGGAAAAAUAGCUACUUAUUCUGAAGAGAAACUCUUGAGAGCAAAGGGAAUGAAAGUGGAGAUAUGGAUUGAAACUAUGUCCAGGUUACCAAAUAGGAGAACGAUUUCAAGACUGAGAUCGGUGAAAAGGAGGAAGAUGAUAGGCUUGAGGGAUACUCAGGACAAGAAUGAGAUUCUAGAAACGGGAAAGCAGGUGAACAGAACAAGUAAUGGAGUUAUUGAUCUGAACCUUCCGGCCCAAGAAACCGAAACCGAAACCGAAGAUAGUGAAGAGCACUCAAAGCUUUGGUUAGUGAACUUGAAGAAACAUGACCGUCUCACUGAGGUUCCUUUUAAGCCUUUCGACUUUGAAGGGUUAGCAGAAAGAAUAAAAAAGAGCGUAAAAGAAAUUUUUGAAAAGUGCGUGGGAUCAUCAGAUUGUUCGCUGGAAAUUGAUCCUAAGAUCAUGGAAAGAUUACUAGCGGCUGUUUAUUUCUAUGAAAAUAGAAAAGAUAUCAUCAAAGAGUUGAUGGAGAAAGUAAUGGCUCGAGUGUUCUUGCAUGUUAAAGAAAGGUAUGAAAUCACUUCUUGUUCGGUAGUAAAACUACUUGGUCGAGAUCUUGACGUUCUGGGUGAGGAUGAAAUGGAUUUGUUCCUUGUAAAAUCUCAGUAGGAUAAAAGGUAGUUGUGAACUUUAUUUUGGAAAGUGUAUAAAAUAAGGUAGAGUUGGUUAUAGGUAUUAUUGUCAUUAUGUCUUGCUAUACUAUUAAAAUUUGUGUUAUGAUGUAUCAUAUAGUUGUGAGUGGGUCGACUCGUGUCCUUGUUUGUAUGUACAAGUUUCUGUAAAUUAAUAGUUGCUUUCAUA